AUGAUUACCCAAUCUGAAGUCUCUAAGCAUAACAGCGAUGGGAGUUGCUGGGUGAUCCUAUAUGGAAAUGUCUACGAUGUUACAGAUUUCCUUGGCAAUCAUCCUGGCGGAGCGCAGGCAAUCCUACGAUUUGCAGGACGCGAUGCUACUGAGGACUUUGACCUAAUUCAUCCUCCUGAAACUUUGAAAGACAUUGAAUCAACACAUCUGGGUCCUGUAGAGCCACAGGAGGUCUCUAAUCAUGUGGCUGAUUCUGAACCCACACCGAAAGCCGAGGUGUCUAUGUCUUCCUUGCUAAACUUGAACGAGAUUGAAGAGGCGGCCACCCAGGUCAUCAAUAAGAAGGCAUGGGCAUACUACUACUCAGCGGCAGACGACAAGAUCACGAAGUCUCUAAACACUGAAUCUUAUCGCUCGAUCCUAUUUCGACCGAGAAUCUUCGUCGAUUGCCGAACAUGCGAAUUGGGAACGAUCCUUUUGGGCAAUAAAGUUGGCCUCCCAAUAUUCAUCAGUCCAACUGCGAUGGCACGGCUAGGACAUCCAGCAGGCGAGAAAGGGAUUGCCGAGGGAUGCAAGUCUUUUGGCUGUCUCCAGAUUAUUGCCAACAAUUCCUCUCUUUCUCCGGAGAAAAUCGUUGCCGAUGCACCAGCAACCCAAGUAUUCGGAUGGCAGCUCUAUGUCCAGCUGAACCGGAAAUUAAGCGAAGACAUGCUAGCCCGCAUAAAUCGCUUGGACCAAAUCAAAUUUGUCGUUUUGACUCUCGACGCACCGGUCUCCGGCAAAAGAGAAGAUGACGAGAGAAUCAAUAUCCAAUCCCAUUCGGCUGGGAGUGUAAGCACUCAGCUUUUUGCUGGGACCGAUCCAUCCCUUACUUGGACAGAGACGCUUCAAUGGCUCUCAGAACAUACGAAAAAGCCCAUUAUCCUAAAGGGAAUUCAAACGCACGAGGAUGCACUCCUGGCGGCACAAUAUACACCAUUGGUCAAGGCUAUUGUGCUAUCGAACCACGGUGGACGAUCGCUGGAUACAGCGCCUCCUGCUGUGCACACUCUUCUUGAGAUACGGAGAUAUUGCCCAGUUGUAUUUGACAAGCUGGAGGUUUGGAUUGAUGGUGGAAUACGCCGAGGCACAGACGCCGUAAAGGCAAUGUGUUUGGGUGCUAAGGCUGUUGGUAUUGGUCGGCCUGCGCUUUGGGGACUCGCAGCUGGUGGUGUAGAGGGGGUUGAACGAACUUUGCAGAUUUUAUCCGAAGAGAUGAAAACAUGCAUGCGUCUACUUGGUGCCAAAACAGUGGAGGAUCUUCAUCCCCAUCUUGUUAACACAAGCAGGUUGCAGCGAGACAUCUACGGCGGGACGGAAUAUCUUGACGCUGGAGGCACCGUUGUGAUGAAGGGAAAGCUUUGAAUCCUCGAAAUCUGUGCAUUCGUCAUACAAUCG